AAAUAUCACAUGGUCCUAAGUAUUCAGACCCUUUGCUGUGACACUCAUAUAUUUAACUCAGGUGCUGUCCAUUUCUUCUGAUCAUCCUUGAGAUGGUUCUACACCUUCAUUUGAGUCCAGCUGUGUUUGAUUAUACUGAUUGGACUUGAUUAGGAAAGCCACACACCUGUCUAUAUAAGACCUUACAGCUCACAGUGCAUGUCAGAGCAAAUGAGAAUCAUGAGGUCAAAGGAACUGCCUGAAGAGCUCAGAGACAGAAUUGUGGCAAGGCACAGAUCUGGCCAAGGUUACAAAAAAAUUUCUGCUGCACUUAAGGUUCCUAAGAGCACAGUGGCCUCCAUAAUCCUUAAAUGGAAGACGUUUGGGACGACCAGAACCCUUCCUAGAGCUGGCCGUCCGGCCAAACUGAGCUAUCGGGGGAGAAGAGCCUUGGUGAGAGAGGUAAAGAAGAACCCAAAGAUCACUGUGGCUGAGCUCCAGAGAUGCAGUCGGGAGAUGGGAGAAAGUUGUAGAAAGUCAACCAUCACUGCAGCCCUCCACCAGUCGGGGCUUUAUGGCAGAGUGGCCCGACGGAAGCCUCUCCUCAGUGCAAGACACAUGAAAAAACACCUGAAGGACUCCAAGAUGGUGAGAAAUAAGAUUCUCUGGUCUGAUGAGACCAAGAUAGAACUUUUUGGCCUUAAUUCUAAGCGGUAUGUGUGGAGAAAACCAGGCACUGCUCAUCACCUGUCCAAUACAGUCCCAACAGUGAAGCAUGGUGGUGGCAGCAUCAUGCUGUGGGGGUGUUUUUCAGCUGCAGGGACAGGACAACUGGUUGCAAUCGAGGGAAAGAUGAAUGCGGCCAAGUACAGGGAUAUCCUGGACGAAAACCUUCUCCAGAGUGCUCAGGACCUCAGACUGGUCUGAAGGUUUACCUUCCAAGAAGACAAUGACCCUAAGCACACAGCUAAAAUAACGAAGGAGUGGCUUCACAACAACUCCGUGACUGUUCCUGAAUGGCCCAGCCAGAGCCCUGACUUAAACCCAAUUGAGCAUCUCUGGAGAGACCUAAAAAUGGCUGUCCACCAAUGUUUACCAUCCAACCUGACAGAACUGGAGAGGAUCUGCAAGGAGGAAUGGCAGAGGAUCCCCAAAUCCAGUGUUUCCAUAUACAGGGAAGAUGUCAGACUUUGAGACGAGGAAGAGAUCUUCAUCUCCAGAUCCCAGCUGUGUGUCUCUGAAGAGUAAUCAAUCCAUGGAUCCUCCUGUUAGAUUCAGUGAUGGACCAGUGACCUCUGACCCCAGGAGGAGGAAGAGAUCUUCAUCUCCAGAUCCCAGCUGUGUGUCUCUGAAGAGCAAUCAAUCCAUGGAUCCUCCUGUUCACUUCAGUGAUGGACCAGUGACCUCUGACCCCAGGAGGAGGAAGAGAUCUUCAUCUCCAGAUCCCAGCUGUGUGUCUCUGAAGAGCAAUCAAUCCAUGGAUCCUCCUCUUAGAUUCAGUGAUGGACCAGUGACCUCUGACCCCAGGAGGAGGAAGAGAUCUUCAUCUCCAGAUCCCAGCUGUGUGUCUCUGAAGAGUAAUCAAUCCAUGGAUCCUCCUGUUAGAUUCAGUGAUGGACCAGUGACCUCUGACCCCAGGAGGAGGAAGAGAUCUUCAUCUCCAGAUCCCAGCUGUGUGUCUCUGAAGAGUAAUCAAUCCAUGGAUCCUCCUGUUAGAUUCAGUGAUGGACCAGUGACCUCUGACCCCAGGAGGAGGAAGAGAUCUUCAUCUCCAGAUCCCAGCUGUGUGUCUCUGAAGAGCAAUCAAUCCAUGGAUCCUCCUCUUAGAUUCAGUGAUGGACCAGUGACCUCUGACCCCAGAGAUGAUCAGACUGGAGACCAGGAUUCUCCUCAAGCAGUAGAUGAUGAACUACAGAGAGUCAAAGACCAGCUCAAAACCAGCAUGAAGAACAAGUAUGAGAGAUUAUCUGAGGGACUGAAACUCCAGGAGAAUGAAACCCUCCUGAACAGGAUCUACACACAGCUCUACAUCAUAGAGGGAGAGAGAGAAGGAGUGAAUGAACAACAUGAGGUUUUACAGAUGGAGAAAACAGCCAGAACACAACACUCACAAGACACUCCAAUCUACUGCAAUGACAUCUUUAAAGCCUCACCUGAACCAGGAUGUGAGGAGAAACACCAGAUCAAGACUGUUCUUACUAAAGGCAUCGCUGGAAUCGGAAAAACCGUCUCUGUGCAGAAGUUCAUUCUGGACUGGGCCGAGGGAAAAGACAAUCAGGAUGUAGACUUCAUGUUGGUGCUUCCAUUUCGAGAGCUGAACUUGAUCCGAGAUCAUCAGUACAGUCUUCACAGACUUCUGCUGGACUUUCAUCCUGAACUUCAAGAUCUGGACUCAAAGAUUUAUGAGAAGUGUAAAGUUGUGUUCAUCUUUGAUGGUCUGGAUGAAAGCAGAAUCACACUGAUGUUUUCAGACGCUCAGAAAGUUUCUAAUGUUACUGAGACUUCAUCAGUGGGUGUGUUGAUGUCAAAGCUCAUGAAAGGAGAGCUGCUUCCCUCUGCUCUCAUCUGGAUCACCUCCAGACCAGCAGCAGCCAAUCAGAUCCCCUCCAAAUACAUCAACCGUCUGACAGAGAUUCAGGGAUUCAAUGAGCCUCAGAAGGAGGAAUAUUUCAGGAAGAGAAUCAGUGACGAGCAUCAAGCCAGCAGAAUCAUCUCACACAUCAGAAGAGCAAGAAGCCUCCACAUCAUGUGCCACAUACCCGUCUUCUGCUGGAUCUCAUCCAUUGUGCUUCAGAAGCUCCUGAAAGAAGAUCUGAGUGCAGAAAUCCCUCAAACUCUGACUGAAAUGUACAUCCACUUCCUGCUGAUUCAGAUCAACAUGAGGAAUCAGAAGUAUGAAGAGAAAGAUCCAGAGAAACUGCUGCAGUCCAACAGAGAAGUGAUUGUGAAACUUGCUGAAGUGGCUUUCAAUCAGCUGAUGAAGGGCAAUGUGAUGUUCUAUGAGGAGGACCUGAGAGAGAGCGGCAUAGACGUCACUGACGCCUCAGUGUAUUCUGGGAUUUGCACUGAGAUCUUUAAGGAGGAAUCUGUGAUUCAUCAGAGGAAAGUCUACAGCUUCAUUCAUCUGAGCUUUCAGGAGUUUCUCGCUGCUUUCUAUGUGUUUUAUUCACAUGUGAUCAAGAACAAGAAACUACUGGAUGAAUUCAGAUUUUACAGAUCUGAUAAAGACUCUCUGUAUGAUCUACUAACAAUAGCACUGAAUAAAGCCCUUGAUUAUGAUAAUGGACAGCUGAAUCUGUUCCUGCGGUUCCUGCUGGGCGUCUCACUGGAUUCCAGUCAGAGACUCUUACAGGAUCUACUGACACACACAGAGAACAGCUCAAAGUGCAUCAGAGAAAUCACACAGUACAUUAAAAUGAUUAUCAAAGGUGAUUAUGGACCCUCAUAUGAAUAUAGUUAUCUCUCAACUGAAAGAUCCAUCAAUCUGUUCCUCUGUCUGCUGGAAGUCAAAGAUCAGUCUCUGUCCAGAGAGAUUCAGGAGUUUCUGAAAUCAGACAAACACUCAGAGGAGUUUGUCUCUCCCUGUCACUGCUCAACAAUCUCCUACAUGAUUCAGAUGUCAGAGGAGCCGCUGGAUGAGCUGAACACCAUGAAAUACAACACAUUAGCUGAGGGGAGAAGAAGACUGAUACCAGCUGUGAUCAACUGCAGAAAAGCUCUAUUUUCUGGCUGUUUUCUCUCAGAUCAGCAUUGUGAAAUUGUGUCUUCAGCUCUACAAUCCUCAAACUCUGUCCUGAGAGAGCUGGAUCUGAGUAACAAUGACCUACAGGACUCUGGUGUCAGCUUUAUUUCUGAUGGGCUGAAAAGUCCAAACUGUCAGCUGCAGACACUGAGACUUGCUGGCUGUAAUCUCUCAGAUCAGCAUUGUGAAAUUGUGUCAUCAGCUCUACAAUCCUCAAACUCUGUCCUGAGAGAGCUGGAUCUGAGUCACAAUGACCUACAGGACUCUGGUGUCAGCUUCAUUUCUGAUGGACUGAAGAGUCCAAACUGUCAGCUGCAGAUCCUGAGGUUGUCUGGCUGUAUGGUGACAGAGGAAGGCUGUGGUUAUGUGUCUUCAGCUCUGAGUUCAAACCCCUCACACCUGAGAGAGCUGGAUCUGAGCUACAAUCACCCAGGACAAUCAGGAGUGCAGCUGCUCAACCACAAACUGGAGGAUCCAAACUAUAAACUGCAGAUACUCAAUGUGGAUCAUGGAGGAGAGGUCAUGAUGACAGCCGGAUUACGAAAGUAUGCCUGUGAUCUCACACUGGAUCCAAACACAGCAGACACUCGACUCGUUCUGUCUGAUGGGAACAGGAAGGUGACGCGUGUGGAAGAGAAUCAGCCGUAUCCUGAUCAUCCAGAGAGAUUUGAGUGUGAUGAGUAUCUUCAGGUUCUGUGUAGAGAGAGACUGACUGGACGCUGUUACUGGGAGGCUGAAUGGAGCGGAGAUGGUGCUGGAAUAUCAGUGACAUAUAAAGGAAUCAGCAGGAAAGGAGAGAAACAUGACUGUGUUUUUGGAUUAAAUGACAAAUCCUGGAGUCUAGACUACUCUAAUAGAGGAUUCUCUGUCUAUUACAAUAAUAACAGGACUGAUAUAUCUGCUGUCCAUUCAUCCUCUAAGAGAGCAGGAGUGUAUGUGGACGUGUCGGCCGGCACUCUGUCCUUCUACAGCGUCUCUCACACACACACACUCACACACUUACACACAUUCAACACCACAUUCACUGAACCCCUCUGUGCUGGAUUUAGGGUUUAUUCCUCAGUGUCUCUGUGUGAUAUUAAAGGAUAGACACUCUGUAAAUCCUCUUUCUGAUCUUCACACACACUCAUCAAAUCUCACUUCAUUACAUUUUUUAUUCAUUCAUUUUUAAUUCAUGUUUUUCAUUGUCAUCUAGAAGUUACACAUCUAGAUCAGACACACACACUGUUCUGAAUCUGUAAUAAACAGAGUAAUAACGUUGCUUUAAUAUUCAUAUUGUAAAUUGUUCAUCAGAUUGAAUAAAAGUACAUUUGAGACUCA